GCUGGUAUAAAUUGUGCGUUACCAAACGGCGUAGAUCAUUUCAUUUGCGAGUUAUAAAAGUGACUUAUAAAUUACAAAGUUAUUUUAUUAUCAUUUUGUUUAUAAUAAUGAGUACAGUUAAUACACAUUUGAUUCCUGAAAUGGAUAAGAUUUCAACAGUCACAUCAACUACGAUGAACAAAAAUCUAAUAGGGUCGGACGAAGGAGAUGCUAUUCAAAACAGCUUGUUCUCACCUUUGGCACCGCCAUUUGAGAGUCGUUUGAACAAUCUACUUCAGAAUUCAGUUCAACAUUCCACUUUGGCAGGACCAAGAAAUUUUUCACAACCAAUGAUGAGCCUGAGGACAGACCAUUCCGACGCAAUAUUCGACGACAUAGGCUCCAGGUCUCAAAACUAUUCGAUUAAUGACAACGGCGAUGCGAAUGCGCGUGCGCAGAAUGUGUGCAAUGAUGGCGUCCCUAUUGGAGACACUGCGGCUAAAAACGAAAACAUUUUCGACGCUUACGACUUCUUACUUAAAAGUAUGAAGUCAGCACACAUGUACAUCUCAUUACUGAACCCCGAGCAACUGGCUGUGCUGGGCGCGAUGCGGCCAAGCGUGCUCUACGAGUUUCUGCAGGGCAUACUGAAGGCUAAGACCGGCAAGCGUACCAAGCGACUGCCUACUGAGUGCGCAUUUUGCAAAAACAAUGGUGAAAGCGAGGAGUGCUACAUGUCGCACCCUCUGAAGGAUUUCCGCGGGCGCGUGCUGUGUCCCGUGCUGCGCGCCUUCCGCUGCCCGCGCUGUGGCGCCACCGGCGACCGCGCUCACACCAAGAAAUAUUGUCCAGAAAACCCCGAAAACAGUGUAAAUCGUUCAGGAGACUACCAGUACCAACGCCGCCUUUCUUCCGCGUCUUCAUUCUUCAUGAGCGAUGGUGUCCACGCUCCGGCCGCGUCCCCGCCCAUGCCGUCUGACAACGACACAGGCCUGAACACACAUUUGUGGUCAAGCUUCACCUUAAACUAACUUAGGAAACAUUGAAAAGACUAACCAUGCACAAUUUUAACUUUGAACUGACAGCAUUGUUUGAACUGAAAUUGUUGACCCUGAUUAGGUUUAGUCUAUUAAAGUAUUUAUAUAGGUUGUUAUAUUGGAACAUGAAUAUUUUCGUACUGUAGGUAAGUAUUUAGUAUUAGUUGAGGUAGUGCCCGGCGAGUUCGUCUUGCUAUAUGAUAUAGUGUGCGCGAAGCUCACCCGGCGCAGGCGCAGGCGCACUCGGCCGCCGGUAUGCAGGACAUACCGUGACUGACUACAUCAUACUGAGCGCACCGCCCAAACCAAACAUUACCUUUUAUUACUUAAAUUUUUAUUCUUUAACUUUCACUAACUAGCGGAACAGAUUCAAUAUUUUGCAUUCUAAU